AUGUCUGGAAGCGACGUAGAUCAAGUAGAUGAACGUGUAGCUCAAAUGAUGCUGCCAGCUGCGAUCGUUACUCGAUUGAUGAAGGAAGACAAUAUUUCUGGAUCAAAAGAAGCCCGUGAAUUGAUCACUCGUGCUGCAGCAGUUUUCCUCAUCAAUUUAUCUGAUGUAGCAGUUCAAGCAGCUCGUGAACAGAAACACAAAACGAUCUCAGCUGAUCACGUUAUCAAAGGACUUCGAGAACUUGAAAAUACGAAUAUUUAUAAUCAUUGCAAACUUGUCAAUGACAAUUGGAAAAUUCUUCGUCAGCAGAAGGCUCUUGCACGCAAACAAGCUGAAUCAGAGCAUACACAGGCUGAAUUGGACGACGAUAUCAUCGAAGAAACUGUUGAGGACACCCCGUUUGAUGACUCAAUGAACUGA